UGCCAACGUGUUCCACUAUGUCACUAUGGUCGUACCAUAUGCAUUUCGUCAUGGGACUACCAUAGUCUUGUCUCCUGUCUUGUCUUGAAGAAUGAGAAAAUGAAAGGGCCAGCUGGCCCACUUUGCCUGUGUUCCUAUAAAUGGGGUCUCUCUCCAACUAAAGCUUUGUCCAGAAAGAGAGAGUUUUUGAAGUCCGGCUAAGAGGAAAGAGGGCGAGAGAGAGAGAGAAGACAAAAUGGAGUCAACUACUGAUCAUCAUGUAAUCUCAGUUAGGAAUGGUGAUGGAGAGGUUGUUGCUAAUGAGGAGCACAAGAGGUUCAAGUUUUCAGUUUUCUCAAAGAAAAUCCAUUGCUCUCUUGUCCCCGUUUCUUCCAAUCUGAGGGACAAGAAGAAAAGUGAACAUGACACCAUCAAGGUGAUUCACAGUAUCAAAGUUGGAAUCUCUCUAGUUUUGGUUUCACUUCUCUAUCUCUUGGAUCCUCUUUACAAUCAAGUCGGAGAUAAUGCAAUGUGGGCUAUCAUGACUGUCGUCGUCAUCUUUGAAUUCUAUGCAGGAGCGACACUUGGGAAGGGCUUGAACCGUGGAAUAGGGACCAUAUUAGGUGGUGGUUUGGGCUGCUUAGCUGCAGUUAUAGCCCAAUACAUUGGUGGGGUUGGCAACUCUAUCAUCAUUGCUGCUUCCGUAUUCAUCUUCGGGGCUGGUGCGACGUAUUUUCGAUUGGUUCCGAGCAUAAAGAAGAGGUACGAUUAUGGAGUGAUGAUAUUCAUCCUGACAUUCAAUCUGGUGGUCGUGUCUGGGUUUCGAGCCAAUGAAGUGUUGAAGAUAGCACGUGAUCGUCUCUUAGCGAUCGUCACGGGUUUCAUUGUCUGCAUUUCUGUCAGCUUGUUCGUCUUCCCCUUGUGGACUAGCGACGAGCUUCAUCACUCUACGGCCUCCAAAUUCCAUGACCUUGCCAAUACAAUCCAAGGGUGCUUGGAGGAAUAUUUCAAGUCCGACAGUGAAAAGAAAAACGCUAAAAUGAACACCAGCUGCUGCAAAUCGGUGCUGAACUCCAAGUCAAAAGACGAGUCACUGGCAAAUUUUGCAAAAUGGGAACCCUGGCAUGGAAGAUUUGGAUAUUCAUACCCUUGGGGCAAGUAUUUAAGUAUUGGAGACAUCCUGCGAGAGCUAGCUGCAGUUGUUCUUGCUCUCACCAGUUGCCUCCAAUCAUCCAGACAGCCAAAGGAAUCCCUAAAAGAAGCAUGUGAAGGAAUUGGAUCAAGCAUUGCAUGGAGUUUAAGAGAGGUUGGAGAGAGCAUCAAUCAGAGGAGGAAGUUGAAGGCAGAGAGUGAGAUUUUACCGAAGUUGAAGGCAGUGAGGGCAGAGAUGAGCUCCGUGUUUGGGAGGAUCAAGAUAGCAGAAGAAGAAGCUGAGAAGAACGAGGAAGAUUUGACAACAGCAAGUUUAUUAGUGUUGUUAUUGACAGCGGUUGUGGAGAAGGUAGAGGAAUUGGCAAAACAAGUGGACCAACUUGGAGAAAUGGCUGCUUUUCAUUCUAACGUGGCAUUUACUAGCUAGCUUAUAGCUAGUUGCACAGAAUUAAUAAGUACAAAUACAUGUACGUGCCAAUUUUGGCCCCCCUGUAUGUGAAAGGCAAACAGUGAUGAAGUAUAUAAGCCAUUGUACAUUUGCACUA